UGAAGAUCAGGCAAUGAGCGUGAACGGAGGAGGAGAAGGCGGCCGAGGAGCUGGUCCCUCUGCUCGCGGCAGAGGAAGGGGCGCUGGUGGUGGUGGACCGAGAGGCGGGCGGAGAAAAGACUUUGGGGGCAAGCUCACAGCAGAGGGCAACAAGGAGCGGUCAGGCCACGGCAAGGAGCGCGAAAGGGAGCGAGAAGGAGCGGAGAAGAAGCAAGCUUCCUCUGAAAAGGGGAAGGAGAAGGACGCGGGUGGGGCAGAGGAGCCGCAAGUCAAGAAGCUUACCACCGCAGCGGCCCCCGAUGCCGAGCUCUGCUUCAUCUGUGCUGAGCCUGUGCAGCUGUAUUCGGUGCCGUCGUGCAAUCACCGAACGUGCCACAUAUGCGCCAUCAGGCUGCGUGCCCUGUACAAGAAGAACGAAUGCACUUUUUGCAAGGCUCCCAUCGAGACGUGUAUCUUUACAAAGAACCCUACCAAGGACUACCUUGCCUUUACGGCCCAGGAGACGCCGUACCGCGAUGAGAGGCUGUCGAUCCUCUUUGAGACGUCUGAAGCAAAGGAAGAAGCCUUGAUCCUGCUUCGGUUCAACUGCCCCGAUGCCAUGUGCGAAUUCGUGGGCAGCAGCUGGAACGACCUCAAGGCGCACACGCGCAGUGAGCACGGCCGCUUCUUCUGUGACCUCUGCCUGCGCCACAAGCGCAUCUUUGCCCACGAACACACUCUCUACUCUGCUUCGGAGCUCACCGCACACAAGCGCGCCGAGCACCCGCACUGCGACUUUUGCCGGCGCUUCUUCUACUCCGAUGACGAGAUCUACGUCCACAUGCGCGAUGACCACGAGCAAUGCCACAUCUGCAAGAAGCGAGACCCGAGUGGGUUCGAGUACCAUCGAGAUUAUCCAGCGCUGGAGCGCCACUUUCGGGAUGCACACUACUUGUGCGAAUCCAACACAUGCCUGGAGAAGAAGUUUGUCGUCUUCGAGAGCGAGAUGGACUACAAGGCGCAUCAGGUCAACGAGCACGGGACAGAGCUGUCUUCGAGGGAGAAGCGCGACGCACUGCGUGUCGCGGCCAAUUUUACCUACGAUUCGGCCUCGUCGGGCGCAGCGCAGAGGGAGCAGACCAGCAGGAGGGGCGGACCUUCGAGGAGGAGAGGAGCUGCUGCGGCCGCCGAUGAGGAGCCUGUGGCCGCGGGAGCAACAAGGGGAACGACGGACCGGGACGUGCUCGGCAUCUCGAGUCUUGCUUCGCGGACACAUGUUCCAGGCGCUGGACCGGCCGACCAUGCCACUCGAAGAGCCAUCUUUCGGGCUGGGCUCACCGAUGAUACGCCCCAAGAAACCUCACGGCAGCGUCAGGAGCAGCUCGAUGAGCAGGUCGUGGCCCGGCACCAAGCAUACAUGGGCCGCGUCUCUGCCAUUAUGGGCAACUCUGAUAGCAAGAUGACGUCGUUCAGGGGCAGCGUCAAGAUGUUCCGCGGUGGCGAGAUGUCUGCCUCGGACCUGAUCGAUUCGAUUCAUUCACUUGUCGGUCAGGACGUCGACAGCAUGUCACCGGUCGUCAACGGGCUCGUAGACCUGCUCGAGGACGAGGACAAGAAGACGGCGGUUCGACAGGCGUGGAGCACUUUGCGAGUGGAGAGGACGCAGUUCCCAUCGCUGGUGGCCGGGCCCGGCGAUGGCUAUUCUGGCGCGGCCAGGGGCCAGAUUCGCAAUGUGAAGUCCAACGCAGCGAGCAAUAAUGCCGUCUGGGCCUCUGUCGAGCGCGCCGCUUCGGGCCGGCCAGUUGCUCCCAGGGCUGCGACAUCGUCUGCCUCGCGACUGGCCUCCAGCCAACAUUUUCCCACGCUGGGUGGCGCCGGUGGUGGAAGAGCCGUGCCCGGAUCUGCGCCCUACGCUGCCUCGGCCAAUGCCCAGCAGCAGCACGCAGCCAGCAGGGGCACAACGCCCUGGUCCAUCUCUGUCGCCAACGCUGCACCCCACUCCAAUGCAGCCGCCAACAGUCGUCCAAUACCCACCUCGACGCCUGCCCUGUCAUCGGGUGGAGGAACUGGCUCCAGGAACACCCCGACGAGAUCCAACCCAGCAGCAUUCCCCUCGCUACCCACCAACGCGCAGGCGGCUGCCCUGGCUGCACACAAGCGACAGGUGUUGUCCAGGUCAAAGGGCCGGAGCGUCACUUCUGGCUCAACAACACCGAUGAAUGAGGGCAGCGGCACCUCGACACCCAACGUCUGGGGCAGCAGUGGGCUGGGCAGGAUAGAUGGUGGAGGAGGAGGAUUGGCACAAGACGACGGUGACAUGCACCAGGUCAGCGAGAGGCUGGGCGACGUGGCCCUGUCGCAGCAGGCAGCAGACUUGGGCGGCAGCAACAGCAGUGCCAGCAAGAAGAGAAAGCCACAGAAGCAGGUCCUUGUCAGCAUGGGCGGCGUUCAUCGGGGAUAGAAGAUCCCCUCUGUUGCAAUUUGAUACAUU